AUGGCCAAAUGCGAACCCUGUGAAAGAAAUUAUGACAAUAUGGUUAAAAAGCUCGAGGACCUCAACAAAGAUUUAGAAAAACUCCUAGAAGACAUGGAAAAACUAUCAGUGCAGGCGACCUGGAUGGCUUACGACAUGGUGGUGAUGCGCGCCAACCCAGACUUGGCCAGCUCCAUGAGGCGCCUUGAAGAUGCCUUCCUCACCUGUAAGGAGGAGAUGGAGAAGAACUGGCAGGAGAUGCUGAAGGAGACCAAAAGCGCCGAACAGAAAGAAUGA